AUGGAUCAACAUCAUGCUCAAGGGAAAGCUCAAAGACGACGCCACCCGCUCAGCGAUGCCACUAAUUGGGUCAAUAAUCAAUCCCCCACGCCAGUCCCCAGCUCAGACCACUACACCUCUUCUCCAGCCAGCAUACCCCACCACGGAUCUCUUGCACCCGGUGGCAACCUUCAGAUUCUGAACGAUCCCAUUCCUCCUGUGGUGAAAGCAGAAGACAGGCGCAUCUCGGCUAUCUCCAGCGAAGAUGCUCGGAACUCCAAUCGCGACUCUCAGAUCUCCAAUGUUUCGACUAAUGCGUCUGGUAAAUCGCGACGCAAGACCCAUAUAGGGCCAUGGCAACUGGGCAAGACGGUUGGGAAGGGGGCUUCGGGGCGAGUAAGGAAAGCGAGACAUGCUGUUACGGGAAGAUAUGCUGCGAUCAAGAUCGUCAGCAGAAAAUCGGCGGAGAUGCUACGCAGCACUAGCUUGGCCGUCAUGGAUACGAUGUUUCGGAAUGACGACAAGGGUGCCAUUCCAACAGGUAUUGAGAGGGAGGUGGUCAUCAUGAAGCUAAUUGAGCAUCCGAACGUCAUUAGUCUAUACGAUGUCUGGGAGAACAGGGGUGAACUGUACCUUGUCCUGGAGUUCGUCGAAGGCGGCGAGCUCUUCGACCAUAUUAUCAAAAACGGCCGUCUUCCGGAACCUGAAGCUGUUCGCAUAUUUCGUCAAAUGAUCUCCGGUCUCUCCUACUGCCACCGCUUCAACAUCUGCCAUCGAGACCUCAAGCCAGAAAACAUCCUGAUGGAUCGGGAUCGCAAUAUCAAGAUCGUGGACUUUGGUAUGGCUGCACUUCAGCCCGCCAACAAGUGGCUCAAUACCUCCUGCGGAAGUCCACACUAUGCAUCUCCGGAAGUCAUUCGCGCGGAAAACUACCGUGGAGACAAGGCAGAUAUCUGGUCCUGCGGUGUCAUCCUCUUCGCCAUGCUGACUGGGACGCUGCCGUUCGACAGUACUGGCGAUUGGCGCAAUGUCAUUGACGCAGUACUGGCCGGCGAAUACAUCAUUCCCCAAGGGGUUUCACAGCAAGCCGCAGAUCUGAUACUCAGAAUAUUGCAGCCGGACCCAAGACAACGAAUUCCGAUAAAGCACAUGUGGCAACACCCACUCCUCAAAAAGUACGAGAACCUUGAUAGUACGGAUCACAAUGGCAGACCUUACACUGGUCCUGCGCCACCAUUGACAAUACAGGAUUGUGGAACGCCUAUCAAGCGUCGAGACGACAUUGACGAUGUCCUACUGGGAAAUCUGGGCAACCUGUGGCAUGGUGUCAGUGUGGAGGAGCUUGCGGAGAAACUCUUGAGUGACGUGCCAAAUCAUGAAAAGGUCCUCUAUACCAAACUUCUCAGAUUUCGAGACGAGCAGCUCGAAGACUACCAAGGUCCUCCAAUCGAGUACUCAACCAGCGACUACCACCACAACCCACCACAACAGCGAGCGGCAAGGCGGUCUUCGACAAGACCUUCUCUUCAGACAUCACGUAGUCAACGGCGGCAAUCUCAGUACUCUAUCCUCGAGCAAAGCGCGGCGCCACCUAGGAAGAGCCACAGCCAGAGUGUCCAUCGACAGGCCAGCGUUGCAGAAACCGAGGAGAGCUAUGAUCCCUACCGGCCUUCCCGGGCCCAAAUUGCGAAAGACCAAGCAGAUCAAGCACGAAUAACCCUACUUCGCGUCACGUCUCACGAUACUUCCAGGAAGCCAUCGACCCAUCUGGGGAGUACGACGUCUGCACGGAAUCCCGCAAUUGCCAGAGCCCGAGGCGCAGAAGAUGUAUACAGUAUCGCAAGCUCACCUCCUCCAUCAAUGACCAUGCACAGCGCAGGUCCUUCACAGCUCCAGAGGAUGAUGACCAACCGGCAAAUCUCACAAGGCAACUCCAGGAUGACGAUGUCCUCCCGACGUUCUAUGAGAAGCAAUUCAUCCGUCGUUAUCGCGCGAAAGUCGACGAGCUAUAAACGCAACGUCAGCUUCGUACACAAUCGUAAACGUUCCUUCAGCGGCCGUCAUCCGCGCCUGCGAAGUCAGGAGCAUCAUACCUCGCCAUUCACGCUACAAGAGAGAUUCUUUAGAGAUCAGUCUCAGUCGCAUGCCAAAACCAAAGAAAUCUCGCUUUCGCCCUCAACAUCCAUGAAGGAAAACCUUCGGUCAGAAGACCUGCCUGUCGUUCGCUCACGGAAGAGCCCAGUCAAAGAACACGCUGCAAAGAAGCCAAGAGUAGCAAGUCACUACUGGAGGGAUGACGCCAGAAAGGUCAGCGUCGAGAUGGAGAAGCUAUGCGAUGAUGCUUUCAAUCGUUCGCCAAUCGCCUCCAGCAUACCAACUCCAAGAACCGAAGCCACAGGUAAUCGAUCUUCUCAGAAUACCUACUCCUCACCAGCGACUUCCUUCUCUGUGCAUGAGGAUCCAGUGCCGGUGUCUGUGACUCGUCACAGCAAAGCGAGGCAAAUCGAGGUGGACUAUCGACAACGUCCAUUGCCUUUGCCACCAGCUACCGAGAGACGAAUGGAUUCUGAGCAUCUAGGAUCUUACACUCAGCGAGAGCUUGCGAAGACCAGAGAUCUCCUCAAACAGCGAGCCGCUGAAGCAACUAUGUCUCCAGGCUAUCUCGACGAAGUCAUCGCACACUUGGACCGACUGAUGCAGCCCAGUACGAUAAGACUGCAUGAGGAGGAGCGACGAGCAGUCUCAACGCCUGAUCCUAGUAUUGGCAUCCCACGCAAGGACACAUUUGAGCAAAUCAUGGAGAAGAAUAACAUUGGCUUCCGCUCUGCAUCAGAACCGUCCAAGAGACAGAACACUAAUCAUACACAGUCAACUAUUAGAGUUGUAGAGUCUUCUGACGGUCUCAAGCCAAUAUCGCCUGUUAAGCCCCUUACCAUACGUAAGAAGAGCGAAUCAUCUACACCAUCCGCAGGAUCACCGCGACAGAUCAUACCAACAGAGCGCUUGUUCACCACCGAAGAGUUGUAUAGCCAGCAGGUCGAAGAACGCCGCUCCGCUGGCCUAGCACUUCUCGAAAACCCUAGCCUUGAGCCCAUAGACGAAGGCGAGGAUAAAGAGAAUUUCGAUCCUGCUACUCGAAGAACAGACUUUCCCGAACCCAGGAAGCGCAACUGGUUCCGCCGCCAUCAGCCCGUCCAGCGGAGCCGAGACAAUGACAUGGGUCCUCCACUCCCAGUCAAGGGCCAGCAGCAGCCGCUGUCAUAUCUCCAGCCCUUAGGUCAGAAAGCCCGGAACCGUGCUUCCGACGUCCCGAGCGAGGAGUCCCAAACCAGUGAACACAAGAAAGGAUCAGGCAAAGCUCGUUUCUUCAAGAUCUUCUCCGGCAGACACGACUCCAAGGAGCCCGAUAAAUCAGCUGGCGGUGACUAUGACCUCGGCGAUGCCGACAGCCUAGUCACCGAAGACUCCACCUUCACUUACAUUCCGCAACAUGCAUAUAUGAGCGGUGCGCUGCAGAACGCGAGCCACAACAGCGUCCUCAAGCCGAACAAGCAUGGCAAAAACAACAACGCAGAGGAUACCAUGAUGCCGCCGCCACCUCAAAUUGCGAGAGUCAUUGUACCACAACCACAAAAUUGGCUAGCUCGCUUCUUGCGUAUCAAGCCUGCCGUCAACGUGAUGUGUUUCCAGGUUUCAAAAGUCCGCGCUCGCAAGGAAGUCGCUGGCGUCUUCCGAGAAUGGCGAAAAUAUGGCAUGCGUGAUAUCGUUGUUGACAAAGCUGCAGGGAGGAUCUGGGCCAGGGUGGAUGUCAAGAACUCUCUCCACAUACCCUCUCUCUCCAUAGCCGCCGAAUUCCACACCCUCCUCCACCGCGGCCGCCGCGCCAACAUCGCCAUUGCACGCUUCACGCAAGAGAAAGGCGCCAAAUCAUCUUUCGAGCGUGUUUUUGAAGCGUUGGAGCAAAUUUUGAAGGCCAGAGGGCUGGUGGUAGAGGAUAAGAAGAUGGUCAAACAGAUGAGGAUCGGUGCGGGGAUGUAG